AUGUACCAACGGUUACUAUCCUGCCUGACAUUAUUAACCACAGCCAGUGCACAAUACACGCUUCAAGACGAAUACACAGCAGCCAACUUCCCAGACAAGUUCAACUUCUUUACAGGAAGCGAUCCAACGAAUGGCUACGUAGACUACAUCUCGCUUGCCGAAGCGCAAGCAUCCUCUCUGUUCACAACAUCUGCCACUGUCCGCAUAGCAGCCGAUUCCUCCAACGUUGCAACCGGCCGCGGCCGCAAGUCGGUCCGGAUAGAAAGCAAAGCCACCUACAACCAUGGUCUCAUCAUCCUCGAUCUCAAUCACAUGCCCGAAGGCUGCGGCACCUGGCCAGCUUUCUGGCUUCUAGGCCCCAACUGGCCCACCUCAGGUGAAGUCGACAUCAUCGAGGGCGUCAACAGCCAGGCCACCAACGCCUUUGCUAUGCACACCAAUCCCGGCUGCUCCAUUACACAAGACGGCAACGCCUUCACUGGCAGCAUCAAGACCUCAAACUGCGACGUACACGCACCUGGGCAAGACACCAAUGUAGGCUGCUCCAUCCAAACGACCGAUGCCCAAUCCUACGGAUCCGGCUUCAACAGCCAGGGUGGCGGCGUGUACGCCACCGAGUGGACCUCGGAAGCCGUCAGCAUCUGGUUCUUCCCCAAAGCCACCGUUCCCGGCGACAUAGUCUCGGGCACCCCCAACCCGGCCUCAUGGGGCACACCGCACGCACGCUUCGCCGGGGCAUGUGACCUUGACACGAGCAUCCGCGACCAGCAAAUCGUCUUCACCAACACCUUCUGCGGCGACUGGGCCGGCCAAGUCUGGGGCCAAGACGCCACCUGCUCGCCCCUCGCAAGCUCCUGCGAGGACUUUGUGCGCGACAACCCGCAAGCCUUCCAGAACGCCUACUGGGACAUCAACUUCCUGCGCGUGUACCAGGCCGGCGGCAACGGCGACAAUGACUGGUCGGACGCGCCCGCGCCUCCCACGACCCAAGGCGGUGACGUUCCCGCCUCGGGUGCGCCGCCGCCGCCGUCAACGCUCGAGACCGUCACCGUCAGCGGCGCCGUAGCGCCGCAGGACCAGCCGGAGCCUUCGCUGUCGCAGCAGCCGAUGGACCCGGGGGCUGCGCAGCCCGACGCUAAUACACAACAACCCCAGCCGCAGGAUGUGUCUGCGACGGCGACGGCGGCACCGGGAGCAGAAGUGGCACCGGCUGCACCCCCAGAACCACCAGCAGCACCCGCACCUCCGGCACCUCCGGCACCACCCGCGCCUCCAGCACCCGCUGCGCCGCCUCCCGCGAGCCAGGGUCAGCCUCAACCCGAUCGCGGCGGCCGCGGCGGCGGCGAUGGCCAGCCCGAAGUGCACCGAGGACGGCCAGGGGCCGGUCGACGGGGCUGGAGCUUGUGGAACGGCCGCGGGUGGGCGCCGCGGAAUGGACGGCGCAGCAGAGCUGUCUGA